AUGAUGGCUACUAUGGCUGCCGGCGGACCUGGGGAUCCGCACACCCAGAUGAACACUUACCGAUCCUAUGUGACCAUGCUUGCGGAUCCCGGUGCUAAGGAUGAAAUUAAACUCAAAGCUGCGCAGGAGCUAAGUGAGAAUUUUGAGGUAAUUCUAAGUUCACCACAGUACCCUCAAUUUUUGGAGCAUUCUCUUAAAAUUUUUCUUAAAAUAUUGCAAGAAGGGGAACCACACUUUAUUGCCGAGUACAAUAUACAACAAGUUAGAAAACUAAUAUUGGAGAUGAUACAUAGGCUGCCAAUCAGUGAGACACUUAGGCCAUAUGUUAAAAGUAUAUUAAUAUUGAUGUUGAAGCUAAUGGAAAUAGAGAAUGAAGAGAAUGUUUUAGUAUGUCUAAAAAUUUUUAUGGAACUGCAUAAACAAUACAGACCUGCAUAUUCUACUGAUGUUGAUAUUCAUAAGUUCCUACAGUGGGUUAAAGCGAUAUACUCUGAUUUACCUAACCACUUGCCAAAAAUAUUUGAACCACGACCAUCAAUUCGAGUAAAGGAUCUCUCGGAAGUGAAUAUAGAUCAGCUUCUACUUGAAACAUAUACUACAACACCCAUACAUACUGAAAAGAAACUUCUAGAUGGAAGUGUUGUCACAUACAAUCUAAUUCCAAAAUCUGUGAUUUCUCUUAAAGUAAUUCAAGAACUUCCAAUCAUAGUAGUUCUCAUGUAUCAACUUUAUAAGCAGAAUGUACACCAAGAAGUCAGUAAUUUCAUACCCCUUAUUAUGGACACUAUUACGCUACAACCUUCUGCUACACUCCGCCAAUCUGCCACAUUCAAUAAAGAGGUUUUUGUUGAUUUUAUGGGAGCUCAAAUAAAAACGUUGGCGUUUUUGGCCUACAUUAUUAGGAUUUAUCAGGAUACAAUAGCUAAUCAUGCAACCAUGAUGGUAAAGGGCAUUAUUGGGUUGCUAACAUUAUGUCCUCCAGAGGUAGCCCACUUAAGGAAAGAAUUGGUCAUUGCUACUCGCCAUAUAUUAGCUACGGAUUUAAGGCUGAAAUUUGUACCCUACAUGGAGCGAUUAUUUGAUGAAGAUGUGUUACUUGGAGGUGGUUGGACGGUUCAUGAGUCAUUGCGACCUUUGGCCUAUUCCACUUUAGCAGACUUGGUCCAUCAUGUGCGACAGCAUUUGCCUCUCUCAGAUCUAGCAAUUGCAGCUCAUUUGUUUUCAAAAAAUGUACAUGAUGAAUCUUUACCAACUAGUAUACAAACUAUGUCUUGUAAGCUACUCCUUAAUUUGGUAGACUGCAUUCGCCAAAGGUCAGAAAGUGAGAACGCGGCAGGAACACAGCCGCAAGGAAGGCAGCUGCUUAUGCGAAUUUUGGAAGUAUUUGUGCUUAAGUUUAAAACAAUGUCUAAGCUACAACUACCGGCACUUAUGGCUAAGUAUAAACAAGCUUGUCCAACUCCAGCUCCAACUCCUACAAAUGGAAGUCCACCCACAAACCCAAAUACACCAACAGCCACAGUACCUACAACAGUUGAAGUCAAGGUGGAAGAAGAGAAACCAACCACAGACUUUCUUGACAGCUUGAACAAAGUAGAAGAAAAAUCUAAGAUUGGCUUUCCAACGUCGCAAAUGAGCAAUUUGAAUGUUGGGGACUACAGAACCUUGGUCAAGACAUUAGUGUGUGGUGUUAAAACGAUAACUUGGGGUUGUGCCUCUUGUAAGACAUCGACAACCGCCGAAGGCACAUCGACAACGACCGUAGCAGGGCAGAAGCAGCACGUGUCGGCCCGCGAGACACUGGUGUACAUCCGCCUUGUGGUAUGGGGCUUGCAGUCCUUGGACAUUUAUACGUUAUCUGCGCCUCGUCAACCAGUCCAUACGCCUUCUCAGCCCCAUGUUCGCUCGAAGGAGGAAAAGGAGGUGCUCGAACAUUUCAGCGGAGUGUUCUCCAUGAUGAACCCUCAAACAUUUCAAGAAAUAUUCACAGCAACCAUAUCUCAUAUGGUGGAAAGAAUAAAUAAAAACACCACGCUUCAAAUUAUUGCCAACACGUUUUUGUCAAAUCCCGCGACGUCGCCCAUAUUUGCCACUGUACUUGUUGAAUAUCUCUUAAAGAGAAUGGAGGAAAUGGGAUCUAACGUAGAAAGAUCUAAUUUAUACUUAAGAUUAUUUAAGUUAGUUUUUGGCUCCGUAAGUUUAUUCCCGACGGAAAAUGAACAGAUGUUAAGGCCUCAUUUACACAGCAUAGUUAACAAAGCUAUGGAUUACGCAAUGACCGCAAAAGAACCAUACAAUUAUUUCUUACUUCUAAGAGCAUUAUUUAGAUCUAUCGGCGGUGGCAGCCACGACUUGCUUUAUCAAGAAUUUCUGCCAUUACUACCGAAUUUACUAGAAGGCCUUAAUAGGCUGCAAAGUGGUCUUCACAAACAGCACAUGAAAGAUUUAUUCGUGGAGUUGUGUUUGACGGUGCCAGUUAGAUUGAGUAGUCUCUUACCGUAUUUGCCGAUGCUGAUGGACCCAUUGGUUUCGGCUCUAAAUGGAUCUCACACUCUAAUAUCGCAAGGACUCAGAACGUUAGAGCUGUGCGUUGAUAAUUUGCAGCCUGACUUCUUGUAUGAGCAUAUCCAACCCGUUAGAGCAGAUCUAAUGCAAGCUCUUUGGAGAACCCUACAGAAUAGCGAAGUUGCUAGAAUAGCUUUUAGAGUACUUGGAAAAUUUGGUGGUGGUAACAGAAAGAUGAUGAUAGAACCGCAGAGACUGGAAUACAGAGAAACCGACGCUCCUCCACCAGCCGUUAUGGCUUACUUCCAAGAUCAAGCUAAACCGAUUGAUUUUGAAGUAGAUAAAGUAAUAGAAACUGCAUUUUCUGCUUUGAAAUCGAGUACUACGGACCCGUUUUAUCGUCGCCAGUGUUGGGAAGUUCUUCGCUGUUAUUUGGCGGCUUCCCUGAAUUUAGAGGACGACAGACCUACACUCCAAAAGUUGUUCAAUCAUCCUAGCUUUCUCGAAGGAAAAAUACCAGCCCAGAGUGGCCCGUACUACAAAUGUUCAAAUUCGAUCGUUAGAAACACGCACAAAACGGCGCUCACUGGGAUGUUUGUCGCCGCCGCCAUUAAGGAGUUGCGACAGCACGUUCUACCCACAAUGGUUUCUCUUGUGCGUCAUUAUACUUUAGUCGCCAUAGCCCAAGAAGCGGGGCCUUUUGCGGGUUCAGGGGGACCAAAAGAGGGUCUCGAUGCCUUGGUUUUAGUUGACGCCAUCGCAGUUGUAAUGGGUCACGAAGAGAAGGAACUGUGCAAACCUGGACAUUUGGCUCUAGUGCUAAUGAUAGAAACAGCAGCGACAGUUCUGGGAAGCAAAGAACGAGCCUGCAAAUUGCCUUUGAUGGAGUACCUCGCUGAGAGAAUGUCGUCGCUUUGCUACGAACGUGCCUGGUACGCUAAGCUCGGAGGCUGCAUAGCGGUCAAGUUUAUGUUUGAGAAAAUGGCGCCGGAAUGGGUAUACAAGCACGUGUUUACCUUUUUAAAGGCGGUUUUGUUUGUUAUGAUGGAUUUGACCGGGGAAGUUUCGUCGGGUGCAUUGGAUAUGGCUACAGUGAAUUUGGAGCGAUUAGUUCGCGUUUGUGUGACCGGUCCGGGAGGACAAGCCAUUGAACUUGAUGGAGAAGUAGCGGCCGCUAGGACUCGAGCGCUGCACGAUGUUCUGCAAGAACUCGUCUUGCAGGUUACCAGCCCUCAUCUACUCGUUCGGCAGCAGGCAAUGAAAUCCCUGGAACUUAUAGCUGAACUACAGAAUAAGUCCGUAACUGAUGUAAUGGACCCACACCGGGAAGUGUUGUCGGAUAUAAUUCCGCCUAAGAAGCACUUACUGAGACAUCAACCCGCUAAUGCACAAAUGGGUCUAAUGGACGGGACCACCUUCUGCACAACUCUUAAACCGAGACUGUUUACAAUAGAUCUGAACGUUAACGAACACAAAGUGUUCUUCCGCGAACUGCUCUCCCUCUGCGAGGCAGAAGACGCGAUGCUUGGAAAGUUGCCCUGUUACAAAGGGGUCAAUCUUAUCCCUCUACGUAUUUCGGCUUUACGGGCUUUAGCGGCGUGUCAUUAUAUACAGGAGAAACAUUGUAGGGAGAAGAUAUUCCAAGUGUUGUAUAAGUCACUGGAGAAGAAUGAUACAGAGCUGCAACAGGCGGGCUUUGAGUGUAUGCAAAAAUUCUUAGCCGGUUUCCAAAUUGAUAUGGACAUGGUUCAUCCUGUCAUGAGACCCUUGCUACUUACGCUGGGAGACCACAGGAACUUAAGCGUCAACGGCGCUAAGAGGCUCUCAUACCUGACACAGCUCUUCCCUUCCACCUUCAGUGAGAAGCUCUGUGAACAACUCCUGCAAUUAUUAAAGAAAUUGCUGGAUUAUUCGAUUCAGACUAAUAGAGGUGGGAACUUUUUACAAAGCGUAUCAAAGAACAUGGAAAAUGAACAGAAAAUAAUAAUAUUGAUUGGUAUUUUCCAUCAAAUACCGGCCGCUUCGCCGCGCUUUAUUGACGUGCUCUGUCGGCUCAUAUUCCACACGGAGAAGUCUCUUAUGAUAGAGGCAGGCUCACCUUUCCGUGAUCCAUUAGUAAAGUUCCUACUGAGAUACCCGAAGGAAACACUCGACCUCAUUAUGAGCGAUAACAAUAUAAAAGACCAGCAAUGGAGUCGCUUCCUAGUAUUCCUCGUAAAACACGAAGAAGCCGGCCAAGCAUUCCGCGAAGCUCUACAAACCACGAAAAAAGCCAGACUAUUGCAAUUACUGGCUGCUAACAGUGGAACCAAUUUAUCCCAACCAGAUAAAAUUGAGAUGCAAUUUCAAGCGAUACGAGUUAUAUCCUUGCUUAUCAAAUUUGAUGACCAGUGGCUGUCCACUCAGCAUGACUUGAUUGAGUUAUUAAAGCGAAUAUGGUGCACUGACCAAUAUCAGGAAACGCAUAAGAAAGUGGAGAAUGUUGAGUGUAGCCAUUGGAAGGAACCGAAGCUAAUCGUGAAGAUUUUGUUGCACUACUUCUGUCAUCAUCCUUCCAACAUUGACCUGCUCUUCCAGUUAUUGCGAGCCUUAUGUGAUAGAUUUAUACCGGAUUUCCAAGUACGUACUUCAUUUUUAGUAUGUUAUAUCCCGUUAUCUUUGUUGGUGGACUCCGGCUCUGCCAUAUGUUUAUUAAAAGAAUCCAGUAUCCAUAUUAACCAAAAACUUAAUAAAGAAUUAAUUAAAAUUAAAGGCAUAGACCCUGGAGAUGAACCGACGCAAACUGAAGGUCAUUUCCAAUUAAAAUUAAAAAUAUCUAAAACAAAGUCCAUUCCUUUUAAAUUCCAUGUUGUCAAGAAUAUUAACCUACCCUAUGAUGGCAUUUUAGGUACAGAUUUCCUAACUAAUUUCGGCUGCAAGAUCGAUUAUACCAAUGAUAUAUUGAAAAUCGGCAAUGAAAGCGUAAAACUUCAUUUUUCCAAACCUUUUUAUAUUAUUCCUCCCCGUUCUGAAAGUGUCAUCGAAUGUUCAGUCCAAGAAACUAAACUUAAAGAAGGAAUUAUUACAGAUCAGCAUCUAUCCAAUAACCUUUUUAUAUCCAAUUGUAUUGUUAGGGUUAAAGACAAUAAUAGAAUAAAUCUUACCAUAGCUAAUACUUCGGAAAACUCUGCGCAUGUCAAACCAAAUUUAAACUUAAAUAUAGAACCUUUAUGUCAAAUGUCCUAUUCCAUAAAUACAAUGAACCAGAGGACUCUUGAUCGAACAGAAGAGGUAAUAGAAUCUCUAAGAACUGAUCAUCUCAACCAAGAGGAGAGAUCUGCUCUCAUAGAACUCUGCUCUCAGUAUUCAGAUAUUUUUCACCUUCCAGAUGAUCAAUUAACCCAUACAUCAGCCCUAGAACAUCAUAUCAAAACUACUAGUAAUGUCCCUGUACACACUAAAUCCUAUAGAUUCCCUGAGUGUCAUAAAAAAGAAGUCGAAACUCAAAUAAGUAAAAUGAUAGAUGACAAAAUUAUCGAACACUCCUCAUCUCCCUGGAGUUCUCCAAUAUGGAUAGUCCCCAAGAAGCUAGACUCUCAAGGCCAGCGCAGCUGGCGUAUCGUGAUAGAUUAUAGGAAAUUAAAUGAUAUCACAAUCGGAGAAACUUAUCCAAUUCCGCAAAUAUCGGAAAUACUCGACCAAUUGGCAUAUCCUGAUUUCUCCCAACCAUUCAUCCUUACCUGUGACGCCUCGAACUAUGCGAUAUCCGCCAUUUUAUCUCAAGGUCAAAUAGGCCAAGACCGACCUAUAGCCUUCGCAUCUCGCACAAUGAAUAAGGCCGAAUGUAAUUACAGUGUGACGGAAAAAGAAUGUCUCGCUAUAUUAUUCGGCACUAAAACAUUUCGUCCUUACUUAUAUGGUAACCGGUUCACAGUUGUAACGGACCAUAAGCCUCUUCAGUGGCUUUUCAACUGUAAGGAUCCGGGAUCUAGACUAAUCCGUUGGAGACUCAAACUGGAAGAGUUUGAGUAUGACAUAAAAUACAAAAAAGGCAAAAUUAAUUCCAAUGCCGAUGCCCUUUCUCGAUACCCGGUCAAUCCAGUUCAACCGGAACCUAAUCCUGAAGGAGGAGGAGAACCAGUAGAUAAAGACCUUAUGGAUCUUUUAAUAUCUCCGCCCUCAUUCCAUCCGGAAGAGUUACUUUCACCUAACUUUAAUCCAACCACCCUAGAUGGUGAUGAUUUACUCCCAUUACCUGAAUUAGAACCUAAUUCUACAUCCUCGGCACUACCCAAUCAAAUGACCGGUUCACCCGUUCAAAUCCCUGAGGUUACACCCCAGUUGCCUCAAGAACAACCAACUGGUCAAAACAUCUAUGAUGAUCCGAUGCCUUCUACAAGUGCAAACCCAGAUUUACCCGUCGAUGACUAUCCUACGUUCCUGAAAUCUAUAGCUAAUAAAGAUAAAAAUUUUAAUGUCAAUAUUGAAGAAUUUAAUGAGAGUUUAAUUAAGACAAACUCCAAAGUAAUCCUAGUUCCCACUUCCAUUGAUCUAGACGAAUCUAAUCCUUAUGUGUUAGAUAUUUUAACUGACCCCGAAAUCUUAGAAAAGGCUCAGAAUUCCGAAAAAGAACUUUUCUCUUUUCAAAAGAUUGAAUUUAAUAAUAAAAUGUAUUAUUUCAUAUUUACUAAAGUCCAUCACUUUGACGAAGCAUCAUAUCCCGAGAUAUUCCAAACUCUAAAGAAUAUUAGAAAUGAAUUAGUGAUUUUCGGCAAUACAGACGAAAUUGCCAUAUCAGAUAUGAAAAACCCGUUUGAAAAACAUUCAUUCAUUAAAAUUUACAACAUACUAUGUUAUCUUUUUCAUAACGCUCAAAUAAAAAUCAAAAUAUAUCAUAAUAAUAUCAUAUACCCAGCUCCUGUUGAAAUCAAAAAGAUCCUUUUCGAUAAUCACGACAUCCCUAUCGCUGGUCACUUAGGUUCGGUGAGAAUGUACGACAGAAUUAAACAAUCGUACUAUUGGAAAGGGAUGCGUAGUGAUAUAGAAUCUUAUGUAAAGCAAUGCAAGUCCUGCCAAGAGAAUAAAGCACUUAGGAAACUAAACCGUGCUCCCAUGCGAAUAACGAGUACUUCAAGUGAACCAUGCCAACGAAUAUCUAUGGAUAUUGUCGGCCCUCUCCCGGAAACGGGUCCUGCUAAGCUUAGGUUCAUUUUAACUUUUCAAGAUGACCUUACCAAAUUUUCGAGUGCUUACCCUAUCCGUAGUACUACCGCCGAAGAGACAAGUGAAUGUCUACUCCAUUAUAUUUCCAUCUUUGGCAUACCCAAAUCAAUAUUAACCGAUCAGGGCACAAACUUUACAUCUGAUCUUUUUAAGAAAACUUGCGAAUUUCUUAAAAUCAAAAAUCUGUGGGCCUCUCCCUAUCACCCACAGACCCAAGGUGCCCUUGAACGGAGUCACUCCACUCUAAAAGAGUACCUCAAAUCCUAUAUCAAUAAGGAACAAUCAAAUUGGCCUCGUUACGUAUAUACAGCAAUGCUUGCAUAUAACACAUCGGUGCACUCGACAACACAUUUCACACCCUACGAAUUAAUAUUUGGUAAUAAACCGUUUAUCCCAAAUUCCAUUUUCAAUGAAUCCCUAGGGGCUACUUACCCCGAUUACGUCAGAAUGCUCCAAAAUCGCCUUAAACAUUCAAGGGAAAAAGCACUGGAUUUCAUAAAGAAAUCCAAAGAAUCUUCAAAGUCAUAUUAUGACUUACAUACCCGUACCAUAAAAUAUAAAGCCGGAGAAUACGUGUAUCUCAAAAAUCAUUUAAGAUUACGCAAAGCCUCUCUCCAUUAUGGAAAGGACCCUAUAAAAUAA